AACUCUAGCUCUCCGAUGGAGUCGGCCGACUUCUACGAGGCGGAGCCGCGGCCCCCGAUGAGUAGCCACCUCCAGAGCCCCCCGCACGCGCCCAGCAGCUCCGCCUUCGGCUUUUCCCGGGGCGCGGGCCCCGCGCAGCCUCCGGUCCCACCUGCCGCCCCGGAGCCGCUGGGCGGCAUCUGCGAACACGAGACGUCUAUUGACAUCAGCGCCUACAUCGACCCGGCCGCCUUCAACGACGAGUUCCUGGCCGACCUGUUCCAGCACAGCCGGCAGCAGGAGAAGGCCAAGGCGGCCGCGGCCCCCGCGGGCGGCGGCGGCGGCGGCGACUUUGACUAUCCGGGCGCCCCGGUGGGCCCCGGCGGCGUCGUCAUGCCCGGGGGGGCUCACGGCCCCCCUCCCGGCUACGGCUGCUCGGCGGCCGGCUACCUGGACGGCAGGCUGGAACCCCUGUACGAGCGCGUCGGGGCGCCUGCCUUGCGGCCGCUGGUGAUCAAGCAGGAGCCCCGCGAAGAGGACGAGGCGAAGCAGCUGGCGCUGGCCGGCCUCUUCCCCUACCAGCCGCCGCCGCCGCCGCCGCCGCCGCACUCGCACCCGCCGCCCGCGCACCUGGCAGCCCCGCACCUGCAGUUCCAGAUCGCGCACUGUGGCCAGACCACCAUGCACCUGCAGCCCGGCCACCCCACGCCGCCGCCCACGCCGGUGCCCAGCCCGCACCCAGCGCCCGCGCUCGGCGCCGCCGGCCUGCCGGGCUCGGGCGGCGCGCUCAAGGGGCUGGGCGCCGCUCACCCCGACCUCCGCGCGGGCGGCGGCGGCGGCGGCGGCAAGGCCAAGAAGUCGGUGGACAAGAACAGCAAUGAGUACAGGGUGCGGCGCGAGCGCAACAACAUCGCGGUGCGCAAGAGCCGCGACAAGGCCAAGCAGCGCAACGUGGAGACGCAACAGAAGGUGCUGGAGCUGACCAGUGACAAUGACCGCCUGCGCAAGCGGGUGGAACAACUGAGCCGCGAACUGGACACGCUGCGGGGUAUUUUCCGCCAGCUGCCAGAGAGCUCCUUGGUCAAGGCCAUGGGCAACUGCGCGUGAGGCGCACGGCUGCAGGACCGCCCUGGGCCAGCCUCUGGCGGGGACCCGGGGAAUGGUUUCGGGUCGCCGGAUCUCAAGGCUGCCCGAGCCCUGCAAGCCAGGACUAGGAGAUUCCGGUGCCGCCUGAAAGCCUGGCCUGCUCCGCGUGUUUCUUCCUUUCCUCUGCGCCGGACUCGGUGCGUUAAGAUGACGGGGUCAGGCAGUGGUUUCUCCCUAUGAGAGGGGAGAAUUCUCCACCGGGCUGAGCUGGGAAUCCAGCAACUCUAGUAUUAAGGAAUAACCUUGUGCCUUGGAAAUGCAAACUCACCGCUCUGCUUCCUACCGAGUAGGGGGAGCAAAUACGUGCCUUGUCAUUUUAGUUUGAGGAUUCCUGCCUCCUUCUCGAGGCUGCAGCAGGCCUACAUAAAGAAAGGGUGCAGGCCCAAGGCAGGAGGAAGGUUCGGGGAGCCGAGAUCCCGACAAGCCCCAGUCGCUCCUCAGCGCCUGUCCUGAGAGAGGAGGAAACAGGGACUAGGGGCUUUGGACCUAAUUUUGUUCCCCUAGUUCUACAUGAAGGUGGAGGGCCCCUAGUUCCUUUCCUCUCCUACCACCCCUCCUCCCCCAGCCUGCAACAGGCUGAGCUUCCCCAGGCAGAACUCACUGAGAUGGGGGCCACCAGGUGAGCAAUGGGAGCCCCCACCCCCAGUCAGACCAGAAAGCUAGGUUGUGGCUUACCUAUAAGGACAUGUGUUCAAGGGAGUGGUGGCCUGGUGGAAGAGGGGAACCUAGAGAUCUUGUCUUGGGUGGGGGAUGAAGGGACGCGGGGACCAUCAGCCUUGUCUGUACCGUAUGUCUCCAGCAUUGCCAUAUGAACAUGAAGCACAAUCAUUCCAUCCCAGAGGGACCGGAGUUAUGACAAGCUUUCCAAAUAUUUUGCUUUAUCAGCCGAUAUCAACACUUGUAUCUGGCCUCUGUGUGUCCCAGCGGUGCCUUGUGCAAUAUGAGUGUGCAUGUCUAUGCUAAACCACCAUUUUAUUGGGUUUUUGUUUUGUUUUGGUUUUGCUCAGAUACUUGCCAAAAUGAGACUCUUCGUCAGUAGCUGGGGGAAGGGUCUGAGGUUGUCUUUCCUUUUGGUUUUGGGAUUGCUUUUGCUCCCGGGGGACCAAUGAGGUGAGGUGGGCUCCCCUUUCCCCCCAGCUUUCCCGGGGCGGUUGUGGGCCUCGGCUCCCGUGGGCCUGGGCUGCCCACAAGCCUGUCCCCCCGGAGGCCCUGGCUCCCGGUCUGGAAGGGAGGCGGCCUCCAGCCAACACCACUGGGGCUGGGAGCAGGGAAGAACAGCUUGGUUCUCCUCUUGUGGGGAGAACAUAGAGUU